AUGGUGUAUAUAGUCGACAAAGACCUAUGUUAUUUCGGCGGUGAACUGAAAUAUUUGGAUUGGAUUGAUCCAGAUUGUUUAUCUUUGAUGGAGCUGGAUGGAUAUCUUGUAGAUUUCGGUUAUAUUGAAAGUGUCAGAUUGAUGGAGGAAUAUAGGACAGUUCAUGGUUGGACAUAUUAUUGGAGAAUUCCAGGUGAGCAGCUAAAGGAAGGGUUACAUGAACUGACCUGUGACAAGGACAUUCUAGAUAUGGCUACCAAGGUUAUUCAAGAUACCAAAUUUGUGGAGGUGUACCUAAUCAAUAAAGAAGAACUAAGUAAAGCUAGACUAGAAGCAGAUGGAGAAGAAAAUGACAGAGAAAGUGACCAAGACAUUCUGCAGAUCAACAUGACCAAUGAAAGAGAAGGUUGCAGAAUGGGAACAAGUGAGAAUGAUCAGGGACCAAGUUUAUAUGAUAAGGAUGAAUCAAAUUUGAUUCAUGUUGAUGGCAGGCUAUAUAAUGAAAGCAGGGAGACUGAUAUGGAUUGGCAAAUUAAUGUUUGGGAGACUGGCAGAGAAGGUGACACUAGGAAAUCAAAUGAGAUUCAUGUUGAUGGCAGGCUAGAUAGUGAUCAAGAACCAGGUUUGAAUGAUAAUGAUGAAUGUAGUGAUCAGGAACCAGGUUUUGAUAAUAAUGGUGAUGGUGACAACCAUCACAUUUUUAUUGAUGAUGCGUUUGAUGGAGAUACUGAGGAUGUCGUGUAUGAUUCAGAUUAUCUGGGCAGUGUCCACUCGGAUGAUGAAGCACAAAGAGUACCAAAUCGUUCAAGAUAUCCUGAGUUCAACCCAGAGAAAGACAUGAGUGAUCCUCAAUUCUGUCUACACCAAGUGUUCAGGGAUUUUGACACAUUUAAGGAUGCCAUCAAAAAUUACUCCAUCAACAGCAAACAGCCUCUCAAGUUCCAACAUAGUGACAAGAAAAGAGUUCAGGUUGUUUGUCAAACAGGAUGCCCUUGGAACAUAUGGGUAGCUCCAACAGACGACGGAAAGGCUGUUCAAAUAAGGUCAUGUUUUCUGCAGCAUGAAGGUUGUAUCAUGGUGUUCAAGGACAAGGGCAAGGGCAGCCAAGCAAGCUUCCUGUUGUACCAAGACCACGUCCCAAUGCAGAAAAUGGAGGAAAAGAGUCAAAGGGGAAGGAGAAUAUGUGAUGCAGCAAUCUUAUUGUUUUUCUGGUUUAUUGUGGUCCAGCAACUUACCAUGUGUGAGCUGGUUUUUUUGGUUUAUGGUAGACCAGCAACUUACCAUCUGUUAUAUGGUUCAUUGUAA